UUCUAAGGUGACGUGUCACAAUGACUCUUGCAGCGGAAGACUGCAUGUGCCCAAUAUGCAUGUGUAUAUUGGUGGAGCCCGUCACGAUGCCGUGCAAGCACACCCUGUGUUACCCCUGCUUCAAGCAGAAUGUGGAGGAAGCUAGCCUGGCAUGUCCCAUGUGUCGAGUCCGAAUCGCCGUGUGGGCCAGAAGGGGAGCUAAAAAUGGCACCUUGGUGAACAAAAAGCUGUGGAAUCAAAUUCAGCAGCUCUUUCCGGAGAAAGUGGAAAAACGACAGAAAGGGCUGGAUGACAGCAUUGAUGAGCCUGUGUUCCAACCUCUGAUCAGUAUUGCUGAGCCGGGGGAAAUACGGAAAGAAUAUGAAGAACAGAUGAAAAGGCUGGAGGCCCAGAGGGAGGAAGAGAGGAAAAAAGAACAAGAGGCAAGCGAGGCCCUGAUUAGGCAGCUGGAGGAAGAGGAAGCCAGGAGGAGGGAACUAGAAACCAGGGACAGGGAACUAGCUAAGGAGAUCAGUGAAGAGGUCAACCAGAGUAUCAAUGGUGAUGAUUCUGUUUUGCUGGCUGGAGAUGAUGCGGCACAUCGCCAGACUCGCAGUACGUCCAGUACAUCCUCCUGUAGUGCCUCUAGUAGCAGACCCCCAUCAACCAUUGAUUCCCUGCUCCGAAAAAUGAGAGAAGCAGAAAAGCUGAAAGCAGCAGACGCGGCCAGCAGAAAGGCAUCUUCGCCGUACCCUUACAAGUGUUAUAGUCCUACAGAGAAGGCUUCUAAACAGAAGAAAGGGAAGGAACAUAGUGGUGCCUCCCCAUUUCUUUAUAAAUGUAAUGAUUCCACAGAGAAGUCGACCCAGGGGAGAGACAUGGUUUCUAGGAACUUGUCGUCUGCUGGACUUUCCUCAAGAAGCUGCACCAGCACCAGUGAAAUGGAAAAUGCUGAGGAUGAUGAUGACGAUGAAGAUCUUCCAUCAAAAUAUGUCUCUCUUGGUCUUCCAUCACUGGAGACUGCCAUAGAAAAUAUAAGUGAUCGCUCUGAUGGGGAAAUAUUUGACAAAGACUCUGUUGAGGUGAUAGAGAGAUGUCAGAGUUCUGAGAGUACGGACAGCAUUAGUCAGGAGAUCAGUCACUUUCGACCAAUCAGAGUUUGUCCUCUCACCCCGCCUCGUAAACUUCCCAGCGGAAAGGUUGUCGAGGCACCACUUAUCCGUACCACGCCAAGAAACUUGAGUAAAACGGACUUCGGAUCUCCAGUCCGGACUCUUUCUGAUUUGGAUGCUUCCAGUCCAAUCAUGCAGAGAAGAUUAUCUGAGUUGGAGGAAGAGCGGAAGACCAUUGUCAAUAAGUUGUCCAAGUCUACAAGCACAGAGACUAAAAAAGACACCAAGAAAUCCAAGGUGGUGACCUUGACGCGUGAUCAUGAUUAUAGUGGGACUGACAAAGCUAGCGGUGAUCAUGAUUACUCAGCCAUGGUGAUUAAUCUGGAGGCAGACAAUCCGGAAGAUUCUUCUCUGAAUGAGAGCAAGGAAGAUUCCAGAAGUGUGGAAGAGAAAUCCAAUACAAACAAAUACAAACUGAAAAAGCUUGUCAUUCCAUUGGAACCCACAUUUAACGAUGAUGACUUUGACAUUCCACCCAUGAAGGAAAACAAUCCGCAAAGAAUAAAUAGUGAGACAACCACAGUAGCGGGAAAGCAAUCACCAAUUCUAACAAAAAGUAAAAGUGAACAGGACACUAGUGUGCGACAGAAAAAGGUGCAGAAAUUAUCUGGGAAGGCAAGAGUGGCAUUAAAAAGCCCUCAGCGGACUAUCACAGACUGGAUUAAACAAUCCGCGGAGUGUAGCGGACAGAACAAUUAUCACUUGGAGCCCAGUGGUAGGGACGAUGUGGAUGGGGAACCAGUUCGUAAAGUUACGCAAGGACAAUCAGACAGUGUGACAGCAUUAGGGGAUGGUCCACGAAGAAAGGCGAAACAAAACAAAAAGGUCAAGACAUAUCCAAAACGUGAGAGAAAACCGUACAACCCAGACCCCAUGUGGACGUUUGUGAGUGCAGUGCACAAGAGACAACACUUGGACUUGGAUGAAAGUUCAAAGGACAGUAGUGUUUGUAGUGGUUUGUUGGAUGAACAGAAUGUAGAGACAAGAGAUGCCCCUAAACCGCAUUCAAAGAAAAGGACAGCUACAUCCGUUAACAAUGAAAAACCUAAGAAAAGAAGGAAAGUGACAGAGAAUAGAUCCAAACUGAAGCAGACGACAUCUAAAGCCAAACUUAAGUCAGUCCAGCAUUCGCAGGCCAAAAAUCCUAUCCUUAACUUCUGCUCGCAGUCAAACUUAAAACGGGUGAAGGACGCCAUUAAAAAUAACCAGUUAUUGGAUGAAGAGGCCGAUUUCAGAGUCAGUGGUGGGGAGAGAUUGGACAGGGAAACACAGGAAAUGAUGGACAGAAAACUAGCUGAAGAACUCGCUAAGCAGUACGAGAUGGAGGUGAAAACUGGUUUUCAGUUUUUCAAGCUGAAGGGGACCUCAGAGGAAUACAACUUCCGACGGAAACCGAAGCUCUCCAUCUGAUCAUUUCACCCUGAAAAAGAUGAACUGUGCAAUUACACAGCCUGAUUUAUUUGUCUGUUAUGAGGGCCAUAUCAGGUCAAAGAAAGAGGCAUUCUUUUUUUUUUUUAUAAAGAUAAACAUAUUGAUCUAAAUGAUGCAUUUUCACUUUGGUUUAAUUUUCCAUUUAUUUAAUGUUUUAAGUUGAUCAGUGAUUGAUCAUUGAAGUGAUUGAUAACCAUUGAAUAAUGGGUUGUUUUAAUUAUGUUCACUCUACAAUCUACCAGGUACAUAGUUUUCUUGCCCCUCUUUGCCUUUAUGCUUUAUGUCCCUAUUGACAAUAAAACAUCAUCAUGUAUCUUAGAAAGAUGGUCAAGUUAUUCUACAUUGAUAUUUUUAUUUUUUUCUCAUAGGAAAUGGUAGUAAAGUAAAUCAUUAAACUCGAGUAGACAUCAAAAUUUAGAAGUUUAGUACCUUACAUACCUACAUUUGUGACAGGUUUCUGGAAUUUGUUGACAGAAAUGCCUUUAUUAUCAUUGAGAUAAGCAAAGCGAAGUAUAAUUUAUAAGACUUUACUUUUAUAAUAAAAAGGUGUCUGUUUUACUUAAUUUGAAAGAAAUACCAGAAAAUGCUAAAUUGGUCUUGAAGAAAAAAAGAAGGCAUGAAACCAUAGAAAUUCGUACUGUAAACCAACUUUUAUUCGCGACAACUUUAUUUCACGAUUUACAAGGGAUAAACUAGUUCGCGACAAUUAAUUUUCGCGAUCAAGUCUUUUUGGAUCUGUAGUUAAUAGACAAAUACACUUUAAUGACCAGUUCGUGGUGAGAAAUAUUCGCGAUGAAGAGGCUCUCGCGAACUUCACGAAAAUUUCUCACACGCGAAUAAAAGUUGGUUUACAGUAAAUGUAUGAUAGAUGUUAAAGCUAAGGCUUUAAGUUGGAGGAAAGUCUCCCUAAAGCAUGUUCAUGUCCAUAUGAUGCUUCACAAUUUUAUGCAAAAUGAAAAGUAAUGUAUUCUACUUAUUUUUUUUGUAAAUAUUAUGUGAUGUCAAAAUAUGAAAUAUAUAAUGUAGGGCAACAAAUUACAUGUUUGUAUAUGAUCCUGUAUAGCAGGUAUAGAGAAAUCUGUGUAUACUUCAAAAGUAGUCAGUGUUUGUAGGAUAAAUAUUUAUAUUGAAUAAAUUCAUUAUAUUUUGGCAAAGUAAUAGGAUCUAGGAUUUUUAAAAGUCCAUAUUCAUUCAAAAGAAUUUACUUCAUCCAUGCUGAAACAUGAGGCCUUUUUAAAGAAUAUUUCAACUAUAACCAAAGAUUUAAUUGAAUGUAAAACCAUGAAAUUUGAUAUGCAACUGUUGAAAACUAAUUUUAUAAAAGUAUUUACAUUUUGGUCCAAGCUGCAAGUUAUUUUGUAAAAUGGAGACCAUAUCUUUGAUCUUAAUUUAAUUGUAAUUGCUUAAAGCAUGAACUGGAUAUCCAAAACUAGACAACUGGUACACAGUUCCAUAAAGCCCGUAGUAAUUUCAUUACUUAAGUAGUUUCUCUGAAAAUGUAGUUUAAUGUUGAAUGAAAAAUCUUUUCUUUUUUUUUUUUUAAACAAUUUUUGUUUUAUUCUUUAUCAGCAAUAAAUUUGAAAUAUACUUUCCUUUAGGACUGUAUUUUUUUUUCUCUGUGAACUGUAAGUUUUAAUUUUUCCAAGUUUUAAAAAUAUUUUGUGUAUGUUUUCCUUUGUCACAUAUACAGAAAACCAGCAAUAUCAUAUGCGAUCUGCUUCAAUAUAUUUUCCCUGCUUACGCAAGGUUCCCCCAUGAUGUAUAUCUCCUGUUUAAUGGCGGCCAUUUUUGUGUUCUUGUUACUGAGACUUACUCUGUUGACUUGUAAUAUACAUUGUACAGAUGUACUGUUAUGCUUAUUAAAUUGUUGGCAACUUUUUGUAAUGAUUAAAUUAAAAAUGAUUUUAAAAUUCGA